AUGCAGAUUUUUGUGAAAACUCUGACCGGCAAAACCAUCACCCUUGAGGUGGAACCAAGUGACACAAUUGAAAAUGUCAAGGCAAAAAUCCAAGAUAAGGAAGGCAUCCCUCCUGACCAGCAGCGCCUGAUCUUUGCCGGAAAGCAGCUGGAAGAUGGACGCACCCUCUCAGACUACAAUAUCCAGAAGGAGUCCACUCUUCACCUGGUGCUGCGCCUGCGUGGAGGGAUCAUCGAGCCUUCGCUCCGCCAGCUUGCACAGAAGUACAACUGCGACAAGAUGAUCUGCCGCAAAUGCUAUGCCCGCCUGCACCCCCGGGCCGUGAACUGCCGUAAGAAGAAAUGUGGCCACACCAACAAUCUGCGUCCAAAGAAGAAGGUCAAGUAA